AUACCAUUACGCCUUGUACACGAGCUCAUCGACAUCGACGACGAGGGAAUAGCACCGCUCAUUCCCAAACAUGUCUUUUGCCAACCACAGUCGAGGCAACUCGUCUGUGCAAUCUCUCGGCAAUCCGGAUCUCUCACUAGGUUCACUCAUCUCUGACUUCUCGACUCCAGCAAAGUCUUUCAGGAUACCUUCUACAUCGUCCGUAACGACCGCACCAUCGACAGCACCGCUUACCACACCAUCUCCGCCUCAGCAUGCUUCCCAUCUCCGACGCAAUUCAAAAAGUCGAAUAGACGAGGUUACUGCUACUCCUGUGGCCCGACGACGGCUCGCCAGUCAUGACGAAGAGGGUGGAGACGAGACGACUCAGGAUAUCCUUGGAACGGCACGGAAGGCCCCAGAAGACCUAGCAGAGUCAGCUCUGAAUGGUCGGGGGAAGCGGUCGAGGGCGGGCGGCGCAGCUGCUGGGAAGAGUGUAAACCUCACGCUGAGAGACCAAGAAAAGCAUAUAGACAACCUGAAAAAAGAAAACUUCAAUAUCAAACUGAAAGUGCACUUCCUCGAGGAACGCCUCGCCCAGCUCGCGCCGGACCAGAUUGACGCCGCGCUGAAGCAGAAUAUUAACCUGAAGAUCGAGGUGCAGCAGCGGGGCAUGGAUCUGAAGAAGUUGAGGAAGUUGGUGUUAGAGCUGGAGAAGGAGCUGGAGAGGUCGCAGAAGAACGGCGGCGGUGGUGGUGCACAGGGAGGGUCGUCGAGGAGGGAGAGGGAGCUGGAAGAACUGUUGCAGGAGAGGGAUAGAGAGAUCAGGGAACUGAGGAGACGGAGGGUCGAGUCGAGUCAGGAUGUGGAUGAGGAGCUGGAGAUGGCCUUGAGAGAUGCGGAGGAUAGGAAUCAGGAGCUGGAGAGCGAGUUGACGAACAUGAAGGACCUGUUGAUGGACAACUCGGAGGAGCUGGACCGGCUGAAGAAUGAGCUGCAGAGGCGGGAGGAUUCGUCGUUCGCUGGGGAGGAGGGAGAGGCGCGGAAGGAUAGGAUGAGGAGGCGGUUGGCGGAGUUGGAGGCGGAGAAUGAGGACUUGAAGGCUGCGAUCGAGGAGCAUGCUGAUCUUGUGGCAUUGAGGGACGAUGAGAAGGAGGAUUUGAUGGAUCAGAUGGAGACGUUGAGGUUGGAGGUGGAGGAUCUGCAGCGUAGGAGGGAGGCGGAGUCUAUCGAAAGGAGCGAGAGUCGGGCGCAGAUAUAUGAAGAGAGAGAGGAGCGGGAGGCAAUGCAGGAUGGGUUGAAUGAGCUGAGGGACAAGUUGGCGGCGGCGACGAUCGAGAUCCAGCAGAAGGACGACGAGCUCGAGUUCAAGCAGCAGGAAGUCGCCGACUUGCUCAACGAGCAUAACACCAUUCUGGAAGAGAUCGACGAGACAUGGAGGGUGGAGGUGGACGAGGGCAAGGCGCAGGUGGAGGAACUCCGAGACGCACUGGCAGAGCGUGACUCUGAAUGCGAAGAGCUCCGGAUGCAUGUCGCCGAGCUGGAGUCGAACACCAACGAUCUUCACGAGAAGUUCGAAAUCGCCUUGGCCAAUCUCGAGAAGGAGUCAGACGAGAAGGACGAGGAGAUCGCUGCCGCCAACCGGGAGGUCGAGCAACUCGGGCAUCGCAUCUACGAGCUCGAAGAAGAGCAUGACGAGCUCAAAAAGCUGAACGACCGCCUUCGAGAAGACGAGGCAGUGGACCGCGAACGGCUGGAGGCUCUGACUGAGGCCUUGAAAGGCAAACUAGCCUCCACGAAGAGGGAUCUCGACGAGAUGUCCCAAAUGUAUGAGAACGCCAAGCAUGACAUCGGUGCUCAUCGGGAGCGACAAGAGGAGCUCGCCCGCCAUGUCGAGGACCUCGUCGAAGAAAUCCGUAAGGAGCGCGAGGACCGAGAGCACCUCGAGGGCGAGUUCGAUAAAGCCGACCGCGAACACGACGCCGAGCUUCGACGCGAACAACGGGCGCUCGAGGCGAAGGAGUCAGCCCUUAACAACGCCCUCUCCGAUCUCGACCGGACUCGAUCUCUGCUCGCUCAACGGGACGCGGAUCUCGCUGCCCUUCAGUCUGCACUGCAGUCUAUGGAGGCCGAGUCGAAGAAGUUGGGCGAGAGCCAUACGACGGCGAGGUUCUCUCUUCAGCUCGAAGUCGACCGUAUGAAGCGGGACCUUGAGCGGCUGGAGGAUGAGCUCACCCGUGCGAGGAAGGAUCUCGACGACAGAGAGACCAAGAGUCGGGAGCGGGAUGGUCUAGUGGAUACCCUCCACGCAGAGAACAGGGAGCUCGCCGCUCAACUAGCGACUCAGACCCAGGCCAGACUGAACCUCUCGGAGAAGUUGGACUCGACGAAGGCGAGCUUGACGGCUUCGGAGACGGAGCUUGCGAGCUUGAGGUCGAAGACGCAUGACUUGGAGCAGAGGCUGUCGAAGGACCAGAGGUCGUUGUUGGUAGCGGAGAGUCAGUACAGGGAUCAGUUGACGGAGAGGAACACUCUUCUGUUGACGAUCUACCAGUAUAUGGAUAAGAUCUUGGGCGUUGACAAGACACCGAAGAAGGGCGGCCAGGCGGAGACGAAGCCAUUCACGAACUUCAGCGUCUUCCACGACAACCUGAUCACCCGGCUCAAGUCGCUCAGUCAGAUACAGCUUCAGUUUGACCAACGCGUGAAGGACGCAGAGACCCGAUACGCCGAGAAGCUGGGCGAUAUCAAGAAGCAGCUGGAUAAUAGGUGGAAGCAGAUCGACAAGUUCGAGGGCAGCUUGAAGACGUACGCUGAUACCAAGUCGACUUGGAGGAGGAAAAUGAACGCCAAGGAUGGGGAGAUAGAGGCGAUUCGGGCAUCGAACGCAGAGCUCACGGCUCAGCUUUCGAGUAUGCGCCGUCCAGGAGUUGGAGACUCGAACGAGAUCCGAGCGCUGCAGGCCCGAGCUACCAACGCUGAACGUCGCCUAACCAAUGCUCAAAACCAACUUGCCUCCGCAGAGGAGAAGAUGGCGAACAUGAACCAGAAGACGACGGUAGCGGACAACAAAUGGGAGGCCCGGGUGAAGGAGUACGAGACGCGUCUGCGGGCCGCGGAGGAGAAGGUGAAGCGGGAGAAGCAAGGAUACAAGGAGCGGAUCGUCGAGUUAGAGACACAGAUCAAGUCGUUGCAACGGCAGCGAGAGCUGGCUGAUAAACGGAUCCAACAAAUCUCGGACAUCGAGAACAAUGUUAGGAGUCCGAGAUCUCCAACUAUGCGAUGAUUGUGUUCAAUUUGUUGCAUUUCUUCCUUGUACUUCACUUCGCCCUUCUCCCUGUCCUCCAUGAUUGCUGGCAACCACGGCUUCUUCAUUCCACUCCACGGGUCUGCUUCUGUAAUGCUAGUUGCUCGAGCAUAUGUCUAUGUCUUUAUAAUUAUACCCCGGAACGGUUCUCAUGAUUUGCUUAUGCACUUACGUUGACGCCUGUAAUAUAACGAUUGAACGUUCUUGAAUGAAAUUCU